GACAUCCUCGCGCUUGGGUCCGUGUGCUACUGAGACAAGGAAGACAACCGAUGAUUCCAUAUCUAAAGUUCUAGACUGGUUUAACCGAAGUUCUCACACAGAGGGCAGUAUGUCGUCCCUCCAGCAUCUCCAGGGACUAGAUCCCAGACAGCAAACGGACUCAGAACCACAGAUUACUGUUCCCUUGAUGACGGACAAUACCUGUGUAAAAGGCGACUCAAAGAUCCUGCCGUCCACUAAAAUUAAACGGAAGCCUGUGAGAUUGGAUUCGACAUUCCAAGAGGAGGGACAUGUGCCGGUUUCUGAAGCUUGCCAAGAUGCUGAUGCACUUCUCAAAUCUAACUCUGCAAAUAGGUCCCAAGAGGGCACCCCAAAGGAGGGUCUGGAUACACUGCAACCGUUUGAAAGAUACAGAAUCCCAAGUCAAAGGAGUGUCAGUAUGGUUUGUAGCCAAGGUUCAGAGAGUACUGGAGAAGGAUGUGGGACAGUUAGUCCAAACAGUAGCUACCUCCUCAGUGCUCUGAAAAGAUCUGAAGCAGAGCCCCAAGUUCCAUGGAACCCAAAGCGUACUGGCAGCUUAGGUAAGGAAGAAUCCAAAUUUCAUGUGCCCCAGAAAAGCAAAGGGAACACAUAUGUGAAUGUUGGCACUUCCGCAAUUGUUCUAGACUAUAACUCGAAAGAUGAUCUGGAGGGCCAGAGCAAAACCAGGAACACUGCCAUCCUAAAACCAUCCCUAAAGCCAGAGAAUGGUGAGUUGCCACUCGGUGCUGCCGACAGUGGAUCUUCUUGGAGGAAGCCUGAAGGCCAGGAGGAAGCAGGUGAGGGUCCCCAAAACCAAGUGCUGAGAGAGACAUACAAGAGCGUGAGUGAUAGAAUAUCCUUCUGGGAAGGAGAAAAGGUUGGAGCUAAGAUAAAGGCAAAAGAACCCACACCUUCUUGUGGCCAGGAGCCGCCUUUUGCUAAAGUACACAAGCCUGCAAAGUCACAGGUCAUGUUCACGGGCAGUUCAACUCCAGGCCAGAGUGAAUUUGGUCAAGUCACAGCUAAAGAAGUGGUUCUUGAUGAGGAUGACCAAACACCCCGCCUCUCCUGUUUUUAUCCCUCAAAUAAACCUAAAACAACCAGACCCCCAACAUCAGGUGCAUCCAAAACCUAUCCUUCAGCUGACCAGUCAGAUAAAGUGUCUCCCCUUCACACUCCUGGUGGUGAAAUAUGUCAUUCUUCGGAGAAAGACAGAUUUGUAAUUGAUCAACCAAAUGCCAGCUUCAAAGUUCUGUCCCUAAAAGAAAGAAUGGGUGAACCCAAUAUGGAACGAGCCUAUCAUCAUUCUCAGUUUGAGAAUUUGAGAAAGUUUUGGGGCCUGGGAGCCAAUGUAAAUAAUACAGAUAAUGAUGAGACUAAUACUUCAGCAUAUACACGGAAAUCCGUGCCAUUUGACAGCCAAAAAUCCAAGGAGUUUGACAGCAUGAAAUCAUCGAGAGAAAACACCCACGUAGAAGAAGGGAGACAUUUAAGACAGGGACAUAUUACGGCAGCUGAAGAGAUGGAGACAUCAAGUUCAAAGGGCAUAUUCCAAGCACCGCCAGAUGAAACCGCAGUUCCACGAAAACCACCCAGAACGUUCACCUAUCAUUCGGCAGGAAGUGAGCCUUCCAAGGAAAAUGUGGGAAAAAACAUGGGGCGUUCUGUUGCUCCAGUAACAGAAGAGACAAAGGAUUGCUCAGAUCAAGAAAUUCAAGAACCCAUAGUGAAAACAAGCAUUUUGCCUCCUGUCUCUAAAGACACGUUCAAUCACAGGCUACAGAAGUUGCUGGCAGAAGGUGCGGUUUCAGCAACCCAGACUUCUGGCAGGAGCGUUCAAGAACAGAAAGCCCUCCAUGUAGGUGUUUCUGAAACAGGGUCUCAUAAAGCAGGUUUUAACGAGGAAAAGGAAGAUGUCUCGGGGCCCAAGAAGACCCUCAAGGAACGUGUAGAUGAAGUGGUAGCACUUCCACAGGUUCAACAGAGCUCCAGUGUAGACCAACUCCUGAAGGAAGCAGCUAGAUCUUCAUCCACUCCCUUGCCAUCCCCAUUGGAACUUGUAACUGCUAGGCCGAACUCCCCAUCUAAAGAUGACAGGUUGUUUGAAAGGUGGAUAGAACGGAAGCACAGUCCUUCAGGAGAUCAGAGAGGGCUAAUAGCUCCCUCUCCACAGGGUGUUGAAAAUUCGGAUGAUACAGCUCUCACCCAGAAGGCUGAACGUUGGAACCCAGAAGGCCAGCCUCAGCCGGCUGCAGAAAGGUCUUUUCCCCCAGCUCAGCCUUUCCGUUUUUUUGAGGGCAUUUCCAAUUCUUCAACAGCUGUGUCUUUAACUCAAAAUACUCGUCUUGUGUCCCAGGAUGGCACAUUGCCUUCUCAGGGGGAAAUUUCAGAGGCUAUAGAGCAAGUUGUUCUUCCCUCCAGACCAAAGGAGACGAGCGUAGAUGCUGUCUUACAGAGGCUCCUUAGAGAAGCUGGAGAAGUGAAAACCACACCCCCUGAGAGAGUGCAAACAGCAGAUAGACCCUCAAGUUCUCAGAGAGUGAGUCCCCCAUGGACUGCUGUGGAUGCUGUUGUUCCAGACAUGGACUUCCGUUCCUUUAACACAGCUCCUGAUACAGUUCAUGAAGGUGGAUCUUACUUAUCUGCUGGAAUGUCACCGUCAGAACAUCUCGUUAGGUCAUCUGUCUCUGCUGUCACUCAGCAAGUCCACGAGCCUCUUCAGGAAGUGGUAAAGACAGUGAGGGAAACCCUUAUUCAGCCCAAGUUGGAGUGCCUUGAAUUUAGGGCUGGCUUGGAAAAACUACUGAAGGAAACAUUAGAAAGUUCCCUGUCGAAAGAAGAGGAUACAGAGACUAUUUCUCCAUCAGCUGUAACAGGCAGGUGUGAGAUGUCCCAGCAACUUGCUUCUGAAUUCUGUCCUAAAGAAAUUCAAGAAACUGUAGAGAAGGUCGAGGCUCCAUCAGUAACUCAGAGUGCCUUUGAUGAUGGUUUUGAGAAACUUCUUAAAGAGAUGUCUGAAGGACCUUGUCAGCUCGGGAUGUCAGCUAAAGAAGACAGUAAGAAGCAGCCUUCACAGGCAGAGCAAGACAGGUUCUUGGGGAAAAUCCCCCAUCUUUAUCAGAAUGCCCCAGGAACCUCAAAGAUGGAGGCUAAGUGUAAAGGGUUGGAAUCUGAACUCAACCUUGGUGAUAAAUUAUUAGGAGGAGAUGAAGCUGUGAUUGGUCCAUCAGUAGAUGUUCGGGGUUACCCACAUGGGUUUGGAGUCCCUGAACACUCCCAGCUUUAUGGAGACUAUAAAAUAGAGACCAUUGAAACUGUCCAAUCUGUAGGGGACAGGAGCAGAGAAAGGGCUGUUACAGAAAGCACAUGGGCUCCCCAGGAACCCGACUUUGAAGAAGCUCCUGAGGAAGUCAGCGUGUCCAGAAAUAAGCAACCCAUUGCUCUCCUGGAAUCAACAGGAAACCCUACAGCAAUGAGUAAAGCUGAAUCGAUCCUAGCAGUACCACAUAAGAGACAAGAUAAAGAGCGGAGACUAGAAGCAAGCUCUGAAUCUGAGUUCUCAGAUGGGAACGCCAGCUCUAACGGGGAGAGCUGGAGAAAUACCAGUGAGUGUUCAGAAGAAGAGCACAGCCCUGUUCUGAGAGCUUUGGGAAGGAGCGCGGCUAGGACAAUGCCUUCCAAAAGUCUCGACGACAUUUCAUCAGACUCAGCAAAUCAAGCAAAAGUAGAUAAUCUGCCGGAAGACUUAGUACGUAGUGCUGAAGAUGAUCAAAAGGCAGACCAGGAACCAGAUACAAAUGAGGGUGUACCAGGAAUUUCCACAGCACCUUCCCCGCCUGACAACCAGUUUUCCCACCCUGACAAACUCAAAAGGAUGAGCAAGUCUGUUCCAGCGUUUCUUCAAGAUGAGAGUGAUGACAGAGAAACAGAUACUGCAUCCGAGAGCAGUUACCAGCUCAGGAGAUACAAGAAGAGCCCGAGCUCAUUAACCAAUCUUAGCAGCUCCUCUGGCAUGACGUCCUUGUCCUCUGUGAGUGGCAGUGUGAUGAGCGUUUACAGCGGAGACUUCGGCAACCUCGAAGUAAAAGGAAGUGUUCAGUUCGCUGUCGACUACGUGGAGUCCCUGAGAGAGCUACAUGUUUUUGUGGCCCAGUGUAAGGACUUAGCAGCAGCCGAUGCUAAGAAACAGCGCUCAGACCCAUACGUAAAGACCUAUCUGUUACCAGACAAAGGCAAAAUGGGCAAGAAGAAAACACUCGUCGUGAAGAAGAGCUUGAAUCCUGUGUACAACGAGAUAUUGCGGUAUAAAGUUGAAAGGCAAGUUUUAAAGACACAGAAGCUGAACCUGUCCGUCUGGCAUCGGGAUACGUUUAAGCGCAACAGCUUCCUGGGGGAGGUGGAACUUGACUUGGAAACAUGGGACUGGGACAGCAAACAGAACAAGCAGCUGAAGUGGUACCCUCUCAAGAGGAAGACAGCACCGGUUGCCCUUGAGACAGAAAACAGAGGUGAAAUGAAGCUAGCUCUCCAAUAUGUUCCAGAGCCAAAUCCAGGCAAAAAGCCUCCUACAACUGGAGAAGUCCACAUCUGGGUGAAGGAAUGCCUUGAUUUGCCACUGCUGAGGGGGAGCCACCUAAAUUCUUUUGUUAAAUGUACCAUCCUUCCAGACACCAGUAGAAAAAGUCGACAGAAGACUAGAGCCGUAGGAAAGACCACCAACCCCAUCUUCAAUCACACCAUGGUGUAUGAUGGGUUCAGGCCUGAAGAUCUGAUGGAAGCCUGUGUUGAACUCACAGUCUGGGACCACUAUAAACUAACCAACCAGUUUCUGGGGGGUCUCCGGAUCGGCUUCGGAACAGGAAAAAGCUACGGGACUGAAGUGGACUGGAUGGAUUCUACUUCCGAGGAAGUUGCUCUCUGGGAGAAGAUGGCAAAUUCUCCCAACACUUGGGUUGAAGCUACGCUGCCCCUCAGGAUGCUUCUGAUUGCCAAGAUUUCCAAAUGACCCUACUCAGCCGAUUCCGCUGUCAGAAUCAGAUCCCAGGUGGAUCUGAGCUUGAGCGUUCUGACUCUGUGGACAGAUCUCCUCACCCCUUGUCACUAACGAAUACUAUGCAAACCUCCCCAAGUCAGCCUGCAUGCAUUUCUUUGGUUGCAUGGCUAACAGCGGACAGGAGCUAUGCCCAACGAGACGUGUGAAGCAACGUUCAAGCACGUAAUGGAACGAGCCAGGAAAAUCGAACUUUUGCUUCCGCACCAAAGAAAAAGCCACCCUUAAAGGUUCCACGCCCCAAUCUUGUGCGGCACUUCAGGCCUGCAAUUCGGUUAUUAAAAUGCUUGCUGGGCAUACAAAUAGGAAGAUUAUGGGCAAAGCGACAGAAAGAUUCUCCCGGGAUGGGGUGGAGAGAGGAAGAACAGCAGUGAUGACAAAGAACUUCAUAACCAGACAACUAUUUACUUGGAAACCUCUAAUAAGAUAUUGAGUUCCAUUUCAGAGCAGUAAGACUCACUUUCCUGCCCGUAAAUCUGCCUGGAGAAACCCCGCCCCCUUCUCAAUCUAAAUUGGACUUUGGUGCCACCUACUGGUUGCACAUGGAAUCCAGCUCGUGGCUUGUUUUGACUUAAUUUCUACUAAGGGAUGGCAAGUCUGUGUUUUAUAACAGUAUGCUAAAAUAUUGUGUAUAAUUGAUUGUUUUUCUUAUAAUUUUACGAUACGGAAACAGCAUCAAGGUAGUCACGGAUAUGCUUUGCUAGAAAUUUUAAUUAGAAUAUAAAUUGUCAAUUUUAUUGUACUUCCUAUGUAUUAUUUUCAUAAGGUAUUUUGUAAAAACCCUUAGAAUAAAUUAUCAUGAUUUAAAUUGUA